UCACAAAGAAGCCCGUGAGUAUAUCGGAAAUUUGAUACAAAAGAAUAAUAUGGAUUACUAACUUGAUUGCGUAGCUCUCCUUAUUACCAUAUGUAUAAACUUUUCAUAGAUAUAAUAUAAACCCUAAACCCUAAGAGUCAUGCGCUAUUUGUGAAGAGUAAAAUAUUCUCUCAUAUAAUUUAGAAAAAAAAAAAUAAUAACAAACUUGUGAAAAACUGAUGUAGAAAGGAAAGGAAAAGCUCUAGUUUUAAAUACAUCAAGUGUUCAAAUGAAAAAUAGUGCUGCAUGGUGUGAGGCUGGUAAAAACCUGAAUAUUAAAAAAUGUGUUAAAAAUGUUUAUUUUUACAGUUUUGUGAACGUAUCCGAAUUGUUUUGCUAAUAUAACAAAAGUUGGAAGAAAUUAAUAAUUUAAUAAAUAAAUAAAUGUCAAUUUUUAAACACACUCUUACCCACGAAUACAAAAUUGGAUUAAAUUUUAUAGUGUCUUCAUAAGAAAAACAUCAUCCCGAAACGUCUCAUCUGGUUAACAAAAGGAUUAUAAAUUAAAACUUUUUACAUUUAAGAAAGUAAAAAAAAGGCCAAGGGCCUCUCGCCGUCAUGUCGUCUGUCAAAGUGGCGGUUCGAGUGCGACCCUUUAACUCGCGGGAAAUUUCUCGAGAAUCAAAAUGCAUUAUUGAAAUGAGUGGGGCUACUACAUGCAUUCGGAAUCCUAAAGUACCACCAAACUCAAAUGAAGCCAAUAAACAAUUCAACUUUGAUUAUUCCUAUUGGUCCCAUAAUCCCAAAGAUCCAGAGUUUUCCACUCAAGAAAUGGUGUACAAGGAUAUUGGCGAGGAAAUGCUCCAGCAUUCAUUCGAUGGAUACAAUGUGUGCAUAUUUGCUUACGGGCAAACAGGUGCUGGGAAGUCCUAUACCAUGAUGGGUAAACAGGAAGAAAGUCAAGAAGGUAUCAUCCCCAUGAUAUGUAAGGAUUUAUUUCAAAGGAUUCACGAUACAGAAACCGGUGAAUUAAAGUACUCGGUGGAAGUUUCAUAUAUGGAAAUCUACUGUGAGAGGGUACGUGAUUUAUUGAACCCAAAAAAUAAGGGCAAUCUUCGCGUAAGGGAGCAUCCCUUACUCGGGCCAUAUGUAGAAGAUCUUUCUAAAUUGGCUGUUACUGACUAUCAAGACAUUCACGAUUUAAUUGACGAAGGCAACAAAGCUAGAACUGUUGCAGCUACUAAUAUGAACGAAACUAGUUCAAGAUCUCAUGCUGUAUUCACGAUCUUUUUUACACAAAGAAGGCAUGAUGAAAUGACUGACUUGACAACUGAAAAAGUUUCGAAAAUAAGUCUGGUCGAUUUGGCCGGAUCAGAGCGAGCUGACUCAACUGGUGCCAAAGGCACACGUCUUAAGGAAGGUGCCAAUAUAAACAAAUCACUAACGACUUUAGGAAAAGUCAUUUCUGCUUUGGCCGAAAUUGCUUCAAAAAGCAAAAAAUCAAAAAAGGCAGACUUUAUUCCGUAUCGCGACUCGGUUUUAACUUGGCUGUUACGUGAAAAUUUAGGUGGAAACUCUAAGACCGCUAUGAUUGCUGCUAUAUCACCAGCUGAUAUUAAUUAUGAUGAAACUCUCAGUACUUUACGAUAUGCCGAUCGAGCCAAACAGAUUGUCUGCAAGGCUAUUGUGAACGAAGAUGCCAAUGCCAAACUUAUUCGGGAACUAAAGGAAGAAAUUCAAAAACUUCGCGAUCUCCUAAAAGCCGAAGGCAUUGAAGUUCAAGAAGGGCCAGAUGGUAAAGUGGUUUGUGAGAAGCGAGAUCCAAAUAAGGAAGAAUUUAAUAAAAAUGGAAACCCGAAUUCUGAUAUCAAGUCUCCUACUAAAGGACGUAAUCGCAAUGGAUCAACAACAGAUAUGGCUGUUGACCAGCUUCAAGCCAGUGAGAAAUUAAUUGCAGAGCUUAAUGAAACUUGGGAAGAGAAAUUGAAACGCACAGAAGCUAUACGUAUCCAAAGGGAGGCUGUGUUUGCAGAAAUGGGUGUUGCUGUUAAGGAAGAUGGCAUAACAGUUGGUGUUUUCUCACCAAAAAAAACACCCCAUUUGGUCAACCUCAAUGAAGAUCCUAAUUUAUCUGAAUGUCUUUUGUAUUACAUUAAAGAUGGCAUAACCAGACUUGGAACCCAUGAAGCAAAUGUACCCCAAGAUAUUCAACUAUCUGGGUCUCACAUUCUCAAAGAACAUUGCACUUUUGAAAACCGUAACGAUAGCGUCACACUGAUCCCUCACAAAGAUGCUUUGGUGUAUUUGAAUGGUCGAAAACUGGUAGAACCAGAGGUUCUCGUGACUGGUUCGCGUGUUAUAUUGGGAAAAAAUCACGUUUUUAGAUAUACUCACCCUGAACAAGCCAGAGAAAUCAGAGAAAAGAUAUUGUCUACAAAUGAGGCAGAAACUGAAAAAGCAGUCACUGAAGAAACCAACCAACAGGUUGACUGGAAUUUUGCUCAGUGUGAGUUAUUAGAAAAACAAGGUAUUGAUCUGAAGGCUGAAAUGAAAAAAAGAUUAGAUACACUGGAAGAACAAUAUAAGAAGGAAAAAAUGCAAGCUGAUCAAGAAUUUGAAGAACAAAGAAAGACUUACGAAGCCCGAAUUGAUGCCCUUCAGAAACAAGUUAUGGAACAGAGCAUGACCAUGUCGAUAUACAGCAGCUGCAGUCCAGAAGAUUACCAGCAAGACAACAUAUUUGAAAAUCCUCUUUAUGACUCUUGUUGGAAUGCAAGAGAAGCUGGUCUAGCAGCUUGGGCAUUCCGCAAGUGGCGCUAUCACCAAUUUACUUCCUUGCGUGAUGAUUUGUGGGGAAACGCAAUAUUUUUGAAGGAAGCCAAUGCAAUUUCCGUAGAAUUAAAGAAGAAAGUGCAGUUCCAGUUUACUCUUCUCACGGACACCCUUUACUCUCCACUUCCACCCGAACUUAUACCAAAUGCUCUGACACCUAUACAAGGGGAGGACGAGUUCGGUGCACCACCUAUUUCAAAGACAAUUGUUGCCGUAGAAGUAACUGACACCAAAAACGGCGCAACACACUAUUGGUCUUUGGAAAAAUUACGUUAUCGCCUUGAGAUGAUGCGACAGAUUUAUAAUGUUGAGAGUCCACCAUCGUCUAUGAUUUUCGAUUUAUCGCCAUUGGCAGAACCAACAUCAUCAGCAUUAUUCGUAACUUACAAUCUGUCUGCGAAGGCAGACUUGCCACCACAGUUGAUACCAAACUCAGACUAUGGCAAUGUUGUGUCUAAUAAUGACAACAAUUCGCUAAGUGACAAUGGAAAUAACAUUGAAGGUGGGCGGGACCAACAACACGAAUUGUUGCAGAGCGUUAGUCCAUGUACAAAUGAGUCAACCACCAAUAGACUAUCACUUGCAAAUUUGCUGCCAUCUAGGCAACGUUUGGAGCUAAUGCGGGAAAUGUACCACAAUGAAGCCGAACUGAGUCCAACCUCUCCAGAUUACAAUGUUGAAAGCCUCACUGGUGGUGAUCCGUUCUAUGACCGUUUUCCAUGGUUCCGAAUGGUUGGUCGAUCAUUUGUUUAUUUAAGUAAUCUUCUUUACCCGGUUCCAUUGGUUCACAAAGUGGCCAUUGUUAACGAACGAGGCGACGUACGUGGAUAUUUAAGAAUUGCCGUUCAGCCUGUUUUGGAUGAAGAAAGUAUAGAUUUUAAUAACGGUGUUAAGCAGUCUGCUCGUCUACUCUUCGAAGAGGAAGCUAAGCCCAAAUAUCGUUCAAUAACAGAUAAAGAGGAACAAUACAUUGAAGGGAGAUUAGAUACCAAAAUCGAAGAAUUAGAAAUCGAAGAUGCAGAUUCUGGACGUGGUGAUUCAAGUGUGGCAUCCGAGUGCCAGGAGGCAACUGAUGAACUGGCGGCACACCUUCAAGUAGGUAAAGAGUUCACAUUCCGUGUAACAGUUUUACAAGCAACUGGAAUAAGCGCUGAAUAUGCAGAUAUAUUCUGUCAAUUCAAUUUCUUGCAUCGCCAUGAGGAGGCAUUUUCAACAGAACCUGUUAAGAACUCAGCGUCUGGUGCUCCACUUGGAUUCUAUCAUGUUCAAAAUAUUACUGUUCCAGUUACCAAAUCUUUUAUUGAAUACAUGAAAACCCAACCUAUCAUGUUUAAGAUUUUCGGGCACUACCAAAAUCAUCCAUUGCAUAAGGAUGCAAAACAGGAAUUCGUUUCAAGACCACCACCAAGACGAAUGCUUCCACCCAGUAUACCAAUUAGUCAGCCAGUUCGGAGUCCUAAAUUUGGGCCGCUGCCAUGUCCACCAUCUUCAACAGUUCUGGCAAAACAUGAUGUCCUCGUAUGGUUCGAGAUAUGUGAAUUGGCACCAAACGGAGAAUACGUACCAUCAGUUGUAGAACAUAGUGAUGACCUUCCUUGCCGUGGUCUAUUCUUAUUGCAUCAAGGCAUACAGAGGCGUAUUCGCAUUACGAUUGUUCACGAACCAACACCUGAGGUCAAAUGGAAGGAAAUUAACGAACUAGUAGUCGGCCGUAUUAGAAGCACUCCUGAGUCUUCAGAUGAUAUUGAUGACGAUUCGUGUGUCUUAUCUCUGGGUCUGUUUCCCGGUGAAUUAUUGGAUGUGCCUGGAGAUGACAGAUCAUUCUAUCGUUUCGAAGCUGCGUGGGAUUCUAGCUUACACAAUUCAACGCUUUUGAAUCGUGUAACACAAGCUGGAGAAACUAUUUAUAUAACUCUAAGUGCAUACUUAGAGUUGGAAAAUUGUGCUCGCCCAGCAAUAAUUACCAAAGAUCUGAGUAUGGUCAUUUAUGGACGGGAUGCUCGAACUGGACCACGCUCCUUAAAGCACUUAUUCUCUGGACAAUACCGUAAUCCAGAAGCAAAUAGAUUAUCUGGAGUUUAUGAACUUUCUCUUCGGAGAGCAUCUGAAGCAGGUAGUCCAGGAGUACAACGCCGACAGCGACGAGUUCUUGAUACCAGUUCAACAUAUGUUCGUGGCGAAGAAAACCUACAUGGUUGGAGACCACGCGGUGACUCUUUGAUAUUUGACCACCAAUGGGAGCUUGAAAAGCUUACACGAUUGGAAGAAGUUGGCCGCGUAAAACAUUACCUUUUACUGCGAGAACGCUUGGGCAUGGACAUGAAUCCCAAUCCGACCACAAAAACAGAAAAAGAUGUUUGUAAUCUUGCUGCUAGAGCUGGAACCUCACCAGUUCAUAUGAUGAUUUCUCCUUCUCCACAAACACCUGUCAGAGAUCCUCAGCAAAUGAUACCAGAUAGAGAAUACAACCAAAAGGAACAAGAAUUAAUGCUCAAAUGUUUAAAGUUGAUACAGGGAUGUUACAACAACAAACCUGAACUGACAGAAAACUCUCAAUCAGCAUCUGAUGCAUCACCAGCUGAUGAAGGAUGUGCUGAUAUGACCGCCAGUUGCAUUUCAGGCAACUCUCUCGAGCUUUGUUCUCCAGACCGAAUAGACGCACCAAAUGGCUGGGAAGCACCAGCUCCAGCAACCCAGCCUGCACUUCCCUUAAGACUUUAUGUACCCGAAUUGGAAGAAAUUCGAGUGAGUCCAGUUGUUGCACGGAAGGGUGUUCUUAAUGUCUUAGAGCAUGGUGGAUCCGGUUGGAAGAAACGCUGGGUGACUGUUCGCCGCCCUUAUGUUUUUAUUUAUAAAUCAGAAAAAGACCCUGUUGAGAGGGCAAUACUCAAUUUGGCUACAGCACAAGUAGAAUGUAGUGAAGAUCAAGCAGCUAUGGUCAAAAUUCCAAAUACAUUCAGUGUUGUAACAAAGCAUCGUGGGUAUCUUUUACAAACACUUGGCGACAAGGAAGUUCAUGAUUGGUUGUACGCUAUAAAUCCUUUAUUAGCUGGACAAAUAAGGUCAAGACUGGCACGACGAACACUAGAGACUGCAUCCCAAACGCAAGUUACUCAAAAUUCAAACAAAUGAGAUACAAUAACGAUGGAAUCCGUAUUAGUUUAUUGAAAUAAAAUGUUGAAUCAAAGUCUCAUUCAGCUUAUUAUAUCUUAUCUAAAACUAAGCUCUCAACAUUAAAUGAAGAAAAAACAACAAAAAUCCAAUCAUAAAGAUCAGAAAGUACUAAAUUGUGGAUUAAUAAACUAAUAUGAAGAUUCAUGGAUUCCAUCAAUAUUAAAUGAAAGAAAAAAAAAAACACAUAAAAGUUAAUUUUAUGAGAAAAAGAAUUUUAAUUAUGAACAUAACCUAUUAAUAUUCGAUAUACAUACAUAUUGUUAUGUUUUCUUUUUUAUCUUUGAAGACUCAAAAAAUCAUAAGUAUAUCAUUUCUCACUUAAAUAAUAGUUAAACAAAAAUAAGUUCAAAAUAUAUUUAUAAAUUAUAUUGUACAUAGUAUACAUAUAUACAAGUUUCAGAACAAAAUAUUUAUUUACCGGUAAGUUUAUGGUUUUGAUCGGUGAUAUAGUUACAUACUUAUUUAUGAAUUUUUUACAACAUUAAUUAUUAAUGUAUACACUUUUUUAGAUUCUAUUAAUUAUUUACCAAAAUGUUAAUUUUUGUUUUAAGUUAAGUUAUUAUUUUUCUAUGCACUAAUAUGAAUUCCAAACUUAUUUUGAAAAAAAAAAGAAAACCAAAGAUAAUAGAAAAUAUAUACAUUUAUGUAGAUGUAUUAAAAAACACAGUAAAACAUUAUUUUAUGAAUAUAUAUUUAGAAACAUAUAUUGGUAAAUAUAUAUAUGAAUAUAAAUGUGAACAUUUUUAAGUUUUGUUUAAAAUUAUAAUUUUAAUUACUGAAAAUUAUACAUAAAUGAACGAUAGUAUUAAUAAUUUAAUUUAAUUUCAAAAAAAAAAUAUUUUUAAAAUAAAUAUAUGUUUAAAAUAUUUCAAUAUUAACAAAAUAUAUAUACAGAACGAAUGAAAGAAAAAUAUUUAGAACAUUAAAUAGAUGCAACCAGAAAAAAGAGUAAAAAUAAUAUUGAGAAAAUAACUCGUUAGAGUAAAUUUAUUGAGUGGUGUGAAAAUCAAGGAAAAGGAUGGUUAAAUAAAAAUGAUACAAUAAUAAAUAUGCAUUAAUUAUAAUUGUUAAACAAAAUAUUAUCGAAUAUAAAUUUUGUGCAAUGCUUACAUAAAUCAAAAAAAAAUAAUUAUUUUACUUGCAUUUACAUUUUUGUUUGCAUUUACAGAUUAAUACUGGAGAAUAUUUUAUUUUGAAUCCCAAUAAGAAAGAACAGGAUAUAAGAUUAACUUACUAACUAUGAAUAUUUAAAAAAAAACAUCAAUUGGGCUACUUAUAUGAGUAAAUAAUCAAGGUAAAAUUUUACAAUGAAAAAUUAUCGUUGUACUAAACAGAAAAAGAUGAUAUGUCUAAUAAAUGAUGAAUGACUGGCUCAACUACUCGUAUAGUAAUAUGUUAUCUACUUUAACUAUAAUUAAUUUACCUGUUAUGAGUCUGGUAGUUUUAGGGGUAUACUUAGCUAAAGAGAAGCUUGUAUGAAAUACAAACCGAAUUAAUCUUAAAUCUUGAGAAACAAAAUCCAUCAGCUACAUAAAAUCCGAUUAUUAAAUACUUAAAACGAUCACACGUACCUGAGUGGAAUUUGUUUGUGUUAUCGAGUUGUAUGAACAAUAUUCCUGAUUUCAAUCAUUUAAACAAAAUGAAAUUAGCUUCACUCAAAAAUGAAUAUAUUUGAUGCAAACAAAUAUUUAGAUAUUUGCUGAUUGUCUUAUUUUCUGUGUUAGGAAAUUUGGUCAGUAAAAUUCCAAUCGGAUUUUUUGAAACUUCGAAAGGUAAAGAACCAAUACUUUUCACUUAUCCUUAUUAUUUAUAUUGCAAUGAGAGCCAUUCUGCUCUAAAAAUGACAUUUCUGAUUUUAAUUAAAUCCGUAUGAUAUUUUCGAUAAUAUUAUGUUGUCAGUUCCGGAAAGAGAAAAAGUAAGUGGUAUUCAUUAAGACCAUGUAUUUGCUUAGAAAAGUUGAAUGUUUCUCUAAACUUUAAAUUGAAAUAGAACCUUGAGAAAGUAAGUACCUAUGUAUCAAAGAUUUAAAUAAGUAUUUUCGAAAAAUAUGAUUGCAUACACUCGUAUUUUGUUCACGAUUCCAAAUACACUCAAGCAACGUCAAUAACUUUUUCAAAUCGUAAGUAGAUGUUCUCUGCUAUACCAUACCCCACACACUGAACUCUGUUUUUCGAAUACUCGAAAUAGAGUGAGUAUAUUCGAAAUAAAAUGGGUACUCAAAAAUAUUGUGAAGGUUAUGAAUUGAGAUCUAUCAUGUGUUCCAGUGCCUAGUUGUAUUCAAUUUUAUCUAUGCAGUUUAUUAGUGUUUUUUAAAUUUGCUAUGAUAAGUAUAAAGUAGUACCCAUGGCAUGAUGGUAAGUGCGUUGGACUUUAAUGUCAGAGGUCUUGGGUUUGAUCCCUGCCCAUGCCAUCUAAAGUUUUUUUCAGGGGUACUGCCUCUUGCGAUGAAUUGACAAAUUCUCCAAGAGUAAUUCUUGGCAUGAAAAGUGCUUUCUCAAAUAAGCCGUUCGGAUUCGGCUUAAAACUGUGAUUCCCUCCAUUCCUAACAACAGUACUCGCACACAGGAAUGGUUAAGAGUUGUAAGUCACUAGACCCUAGUUCUCAACGGACUGUUGCGUCACCCAAUUUAUUUAUUUAUGGUAAAGCAUUGUUAUAAGUAUAACAAUAACAUCUCGAAUAUAUUUAUUAUAUAGUUGGCGGUAGGUAGUCACAAGAUACGAUAAAUCAACAAAUGAGAUUUGAUAUAAUGGACAAAUGGGUUAAUUGAUUUGUUUGUGCUAAUUACUCAUAUUAACCGAAGCUCUUUUUCAUUUUAGUUUUGUUUUAAUUUUAUUAAAUAAAUUUAAUUUUCAACAUAAAAUACCAUUCAUCUUUCAAUCAAUUGCAUUUUUUAAGGCAUUCCACAUUUUUAGAUAACGUGCUGCAGAUAAUACAAAUCAAAUUAUUAUAACAUCACAAAUAUCAACUACCAAUGCAAACAAUAGGUUGGCUUGGCCAACCCAUCGCCAUUAUCGACCAUCAACCUUAAAUACAAAUAUAACUCAAAUGCUUGUUUUUAGUUUUAUAUUUUAAAUUUAGUUAAACUUCAAGUAAAAUUUGGCUAUGAUCAAAAAUUUUAAGUGACUUAUCAUUUAGUCUAUUUCUUUAGAAAGAAAAGAACAACACUAAUGAGAUAUGAGGCUUUUUAAAUGUUUUAGUAGGUAAAUGAAAACAUCUUAAUUGCUAAGUCAGAGUGCUAUUUGAAAACAAUUUCAAAUUUUUUAACUUAAAAAAAGACUAUUCAAACUCAUCGUUCAUAUAAUAUCGAUUAAAGUAGAUAAAAAAGAAUUCAACUCUGUAUAACAUAAGUCGUGAUUUUGUAAAAGUUUUUCCAAUAACAAUCAAGUAGUUUCACUACACUAUAGUGUUUGGUUCCUACUUGUUUUUUACAAACUAAUGGGUACAUAACAUUCUGAUUCUUUAGUUCAAAACUUGACAACUGAAAUUGGUUUCAUCUUGUUUUAUACAUAUAUUUAAAUUAUUGAAGAGAUAUUGUAAAUUUACUGGCUUAUCAUUGUAUCCAAAACAAUUAUUUAAGAAAAAGCUCAUACAACCAAGUAUAUACAUUUUUUU